AUGGCUGCCAGCCCCCCAAAUCUCCUUCCUGCUCCCCUCACCGGAACUGAGUUCCUCAAAUCCUCCCACUUCAAAAUUGGGCCUGAACCCCGUAUUCAGGAAGGGUGCAUAGAGACUUCUAGCAGUUCCUUUCCUGCCCACUGGGGCGCCCGUCCAUCUUGCCCCUUUUGGCCAGUUUCCAGCAAGUGGCUCUUCCACCAGGACCUGGACAAGAUCCGAGAAAUCCGAAGCGAAACGCAAAUGGCCUUUCCUGUUCACAACGUGGCCAGCUUUGCCAAAGUCAGCAAAUCCCAGAUGCAAAUAAGCAACCUGAAAAUGCACGCCGACCCCCGGAUCAGGGUCUUCCAGACCACCUGCCAAGAGAAGUUUACCCACCCGGGCCCCGAGCACUUCAAUACUUUCACCAAGGAAAGACUGCGGCAGUUUGAGACCGACAGCUUCCCGCAGGGGGACAGGGACAAGCUGAGGAUCCCUCCCACGCAAAAUCAGUAUGCCUUCGGGGCCCAGCCCCAGACGGCCCCAGUCCGAGCUCCUUGUCUGCACCUGGGAGGACCCUCUCCCCUGAAGUGGGAAAUGGAGCCUUUUCCAGUUACCACCUAUCAAAACACAUUCCAGAGAAAAUCACCGUCCCCCACUAUUAUAUGUGAGAAGGUGGUGUCCCACGUGCCAUUAGGAGACCCUAGACUGGAAGCAGGAAGAAAGUUUUCAGAGCAGAAGAGUUCCUAUACUGUUCUGGACUUACCUGAGCGCAGGUAUAAUAAGAACAAUGCUGCAGCCAAUGUUUUCUGCGUGAACAUCCAGCUUGGGGAUGGCCGUUUCUAUGGUUGUCCCAGGGAGUAUAAGGACCUGAAUUUCCCAGAUACACCUAAAUACAUCAUUAAAGGGAAAGGAUAUCCAGAUUCAUUAAUAAUGCCAGGGGACACAGACCCUGAAAGAGGCCACGAGAGAAACAACUAUACCACAACCCAUUCCAUCUAUACCCCGGUCAGUCCCUGCACCCUCACUGGGGUCACUGCACGGCCAAGUCGUGUGAUCUUUGGGGAGGAAAAAAAGGCGCCCGGUUUUAUGUCCACCGUGUACCAGAAAUGUUUCAAAUCCCCAAGAACACCAAGUGUGCCCAAGGUGGAUUCUUCCCUCUUCAAGAGCCACAUCAAAAUGGGUUCAGACGAGAUGCAUUUUAUGACAACCGCGCUACCAAAGAUGGGACCCCAUUCGGUCCAGAAGAAUCCAGUGUCUGAGGAGAUAAAGCAGAGGGUUAAAUAUGCCCACAUCCUGCCUCCUGAAGGAGCCCAUCAAUUUUCUACCGAAUACAAGGAUAACUACCCGUACAAAUAUAUGGGUCCACUGCUCCUGCCCGAAGGCAACCAAGGGCAAGUGAGCCACGUGCCUAUAGGUAUUCACGGGAAGCGCUGGUCGGGCAAGCAGGUGGUGGUCCCCUGUUGA